AUGUCCGACACGGACGAAAGUUCCGACGAGGCUCGCCAGGUCCUUAACCUAAUCGAGUCUCGAUCCCAAGAGCGCGAAAUACAAUUCCAAGUCCGAAAGUACUUCAUCAAAUGGUAUCAUAUCGCCUCCCGGUAUUCCAUUACCAAAGUGGAAUGGAUUCUUCCCACCACCGCCACGGAAGAGGAGAAGAAGAGACACCACGAUCUGCUGGCUGAGUGGAUUGAGAAGCGAUGGGCGGAUGAACCGGACCGACAAAUCUUUCACGGUUUCUUUCAAGAUCGGCAUCGUGUGCAAUUCGUUGUGAAUCGGCGCCGGGAGGAGGGUGUUAUGGCCGAUGGGGAUGCUCUUGAGAUUGUUUCCCUUGAUCCGGAGAAUCCGGAGAGAACGGAGUAUAAUACUGAUGAUGAGGAGGAUAGGAAGAUUAUUGAGGCUUGGCUUACGCAGCAAGCGGAAGGCAGAUUGCUGUCUGAUACGGACUUGGAUACCUGGAGGAGGGAGACCUACGAGGAAGUCUUUGAGAUUCAUCCCGUACGGUGGAUCGAGCAGCAGAAUUGA